AGUCGACCUUUUGUCCCAAGAAGCUGGCCCCGACGCUUGCCGACCAGAGCCCCCCGAGAUUGCAGAGGAACUCCUCUUCGCCAGCAGCGCGAUGGGCGCCUGCCAGGGGGUCCGCGCGCGCGCGGGCCAGGCCAGCCCAGUGGAGGGGGAGCGGAAGAGCGUGAAGUUCGACACCAGCGUGAAGUUCGGCACGCGAGCGCCCGACGGUGAUGCGAACCAGCCAGCCGAGGUUGUCGGCCCCUCAAAACGUAGGGGCAGGAAGGCCACCGGCGUCCCCACCAAGCAGCAGCUGCUGGCGAAGCUGCAGCAGGAGGCGUCCCCACCAAGCAGCAGCUGCUGGCGAAGCUGCAGCAGGAGGACGACGACGACAGCGGCGGCGACGACGGCUCCAACCGUGCCGCAGCCACCGGCGUCCCCACCAAGCAGCAGCUGCUGGCGAAGCUGCAGCAGGAGGCGGACGACGACAGCGAGGGCCACCGGCGUCCCCACCAAGCAGCAGCUGCUGGCGAAGCUGCAGCAGGAGGCGGACGACGACAGCGAGGGCGACGACGGCUCCAACCGUGCCCGUGCCCCAGCUGGCCCCAAAGAGGGUGGGCAGGAAGGCCACAGGCGUUCCCACCAAGCAGCAGCUGCUGGCGAGUUUGCUGCAGGAGGAUGACGACAGCGACGGCGACGACGCGCCAGGCGACCACGCCGCAGAUACUCACGGUAAGAGGGUGACGAUCGUGGUGCCGGAGGCCGCAGGCGAGUCUGGCGGGCCCCAGCUGGCCCCACAGAGGAAGGGCAGGAAGGCCACAGGCGUCCCCACCAAAGAGCAGCUGCUGGCGAAGCUGCAGCAGGAGGACGACGACGACAGCGAGGGCGACGACGGCUCCAACCGUGCCGCAGAUACCCACGGUAAGAGGGUCACGAUCGUUGUGUCGGAGGCCGCUAGCGAGUCCAGCGUGCCCCAGCUGGCCCCAAAGAGGGUGGACAGGAAGGCCACGGGGGCUCCCACCAAGCAGCAGCUGCUGGCGAAGCUGCAGCAGGAGGCGGACGACGACAGCGAGGGCGACGACGCGCAGGGCGACUGUCCCGGGAAGGCCCCAGUGGCGCCGGGCAAGAGGGUCAAGAUGGCGGCCCCGCAGAGCGCCCGAGAGCCUGGCUACGCGAGGCCGCUUCUGGACAGCGCAGGGGAGCACUCUGACCCGGCGCGCCAGCAGAACGUGCGCUUCCACGCCGAGCAGGAGGCGCGGGAGCUCCCGACGAUCCUGGCCGCCCCGAAGCGCCGUGGCAGGAAGGCCACGGGCGUCGUCACCAAGGAGCAGUUGCUCGACGCGCUGGCGGCCUCGGCGGCGGCGGCGGCGGCCGACUCGGAGGAGGACGGGGCCGAGGAGGCGACCGGGGCCGCCAGGGUGCGGUGCGCGGGGCGCCAGUGCACCGCCUUCGUGCCGGCCGCGCAGGCGGAGGUGCUCGACGAGGGUGUCGAGCGGGCCAUCGGGCCCUCGGCGGGCUGGCCGUUCUGCUGCCAGUAGGGCGCCGCCCCUGCGCUGCAGCUGGCGGCGCCCCAGGGGGCGGGCCGAGUGCCGCGCCCGCGCCGCCGUCCUCCCCGUGCGCUUGCCGUGAGCGCUUCUCGCUUCCGAUCCAUCCUCCCCCCUCCUCCUUCCCCCCCUAUGCAUCCUCUCGCCUCCCCCCCCUCGUCUCGAGGGUGGAAAAGCCACCCCGACCCCUGAGAAUUCGCAUUUGCCAGCCAGUCUUGGGCGUUUCCAGCAGUCGAGCCCUGUUCGACUCCCUGCCUAUAGGUGCGUUUUGCCAAAGAGCUUCGCCUGCAGGGCUGCGUAUCAGGCGGGCGGUUCGUCUGCCCUCUGCCCUCGGAGGAAGGCGAGACCCAGACCCCCGACGCUCUCACUUUUCCACACUCCUGUCCCCUCCCUCUCUGCGGGGCCGUGCCCCUUCCGCGCGUCUGGCCCCCCGCGAUAACCCUUACAGAUCGCUGGGCGCCGGCUUCGCGCGCGCUGUCCACGCCCCAUGCUGGACGAUUGCUAAGGGAUUUGGAGUGCGCCUCCGCCGAUGGACGGCGCGCCCGGGCCGGGGGCAACGCUCGUCGGCCACGCCCUGUCCCCCCCCGCCCCCCCUGUCAUUGCCCCUCACCAGGGAAGGAGGGCAGUUGGAAAUCACUGCCCCUCUGUUCCGAGGCAGUUGUAUAGCGCGAACGUAGAUCACAAGGCAACGUGGAUUAGCGGCGAGUCCCGCUCCCGUUCAGAACCGGCGCGCCCCGUCGCCGAAGCGGUCGGCUCAGGCGCCAUGUUUCGGGGGGGCGCUCUCCCCGCGCUGUUCACCCCUCGACAUAUCCCGAGACUGCUGAUCCGUGCUGGCGCGCACCCGCUCCGCAAAAGGCUCGGAGAGCCUCCGGCCUGCCGAGCAGCUCUCUGCGCUUCGGCGCUUCCUCCGAGGCCACACUGGGGACUUGUCGGAAGGCCGGCGGGCUGCCGAGAAGCCCCGCCGACGCCCCGCUCUCUGGGCCGACGGGCGCCGGACACCUCGGCCAGCUGCUCCUCCGCGCGGGCCCGCCUGCUGGCCACCCCAUAUCUCGGGCCGCGACACCUUGGAGGGUGGAGGCCUGCCCCCCUAUCGUUCCCCCCCGGCGCGCCGCCCGGUGGUUCGUGGAGUCUUCCCCGAGAGCAGGAGGACGUUUGAAGACGUUUGGUACACAAUGCUGCACCUUUGCCGACGUGCUUGCUUUGGGCGGCCCGCCGCGCGUGCCGCGGCAGGUCGCCUGCCGCCGCGCAGCGCCUGCGCCACGAAGCGCUGCAGGCUCGGCGCGUGGGCCGGCGCCGCCACUCGGAUGCGGAGCUGCUGCCCCGCAGCACGGCACAGCCCCGAGGCGUCUUGCCGUGCGCUGCCUGGGGCAGG